GUGGAGCAGCUGCUGAAGCGGCAGCCCACCGGCCGCGUCAUCGCCACGUGUCGAGAUCCGAUGGGCGCUCAGCACCUGGACGCUCUGCACGACCAGAGCGGAGGACGGCUGGAUGUGAUGCAACUGGAUGUGACUAAAGAGGAUACCAUCGAGGCUGUAGCAGCGGCCGUGAGGCAGAAGUACGGCAAGCUGGACCUGCUGCUCAACGUGGCGGGUGUGCUGCACCGCCCCAACGAGCUACAGCCGGAGAGCAGUCUGCACUGGCUGUGCCAGGACGCCAUGCUGCUGGCCUACCGAGUCAACGCCAUGGGGCCCAUGCUCGUGCUCAAGCACAUGAUGCCAUUACUGGUGACGGGAGGCCACACUAACCCCAACCGCCCCUUCUCCAUAGUGGCCAACAUGAGCUCUCGCACCGGGUCCAUUUCCGAUAACCACAUUGGGGGUUGGUACUCGUACCGCGCGUCUAAAGCUGCUCUCAACCAAUUCACCAAGACAGCAGCAGUGGAGUUGGCCGCCCAGAAGAGCCCAGUGGUGGCCGUGCUGCUACACCCCGGCACUGUAGACACGGAUCUUACCCGCCCGUUCACUGCGCACUUGCCGGCCGAUAAGAUCUUCACGCCGGAUUUUGCCGCCGAGCAGCUAUUGGGUGUUCUGGAUGGGUUGCGUGAGAAGGACAAUGGGCGGUUUAUCGCUUAUGAUGGGAGUGAUUUUGCACUCGGCGCUUCCGCCUCUCGCGCCUUCCGCGGAACCGUUAUCAGCGUCGCCCCCAUGGCUGCGGUUGCCGCGCGCGCCGUCUCCGCAACUGCGGCUGCUGCUCUGCCAGCGUUUCCGCCGUCGCAUCGGCGCGCUUCGCUAGCAGCCAGAGGCACGUCGUUACGGUUAGGAGGGAGCGGGAAGCGCGGGUGUAGCAGUGGCGGAUUUAUCAAUGGCGGGUGUAGCCGCGCGGGGAGGAGGGGUGGGGCUGUCGUUGCGCUGGCCGCUCCGCCUGAAGCCGUGACUGCGAUUGUGGAGAGCGGAGCUGCAACGGUGGUGUCAGCUGCGGAUUGGACGAGCCAUCUCGUGCUCGCCACACUCAACACAGCUGCCACGCUGGCAUCGGACGGGCCAAUAGAAUUGCCCCCUGUGUCAGGCGUGCCCGCGUACCUGGAAGACCCCUGGGCCAUUCCCGAGGUCUCUCCGUUGCAGUCCUUCGCCAGUAUUCUGCUGACGGGAACGAUCGGUGUGCUGCUGUUCCGGGCUAUCAAGAGACGAGCAAGCAAGGUCACAGAAUCGCGUUUCCGGUCAGAUUCAGUUGAGAAGCUGUCGUCCAAUCCAGUGACGGAGGAGAGGAAGCGCCGGGCGGCAGAGGAAGCAGCAGAAGCAGCCAAGCGGCCGCCGCCCACAGUGCUGAACACGCUGGGCGGCGCACUGGUUGCGGGGUCGAUUGCAAUCGUGCUGUACAAGUUUGCGACAUCCAUUGAUGAUGUGUUUGCGGGGCAGACUCUGUCCACCACUUACACUGUUCGGAACCUCUCCAUUGCUGUCAGGACCAUAGUAUCAGGUCUUGUAUGGCUCGCCACCUUCAUCUUUGCCCUCAAUUCCCUUGGCCUCACGCUCUACGCCUUUCAACUGGCGCUGGGUAUGGACUCCCCUAAAGACAGCCCCGUUAGUGGGACUGGGAGUGAAGCGGAUACAGUGGGAUCCAAAGACAGUGAGGCUAAGGAGACGGAGGCAGAUUGGGGAGCAUGCGUUCUAACGGCGGCGCUCCUCGUUGUGUGCCUCCUCUCCGUCUCGUACGCGACUCAAGCUCAAGCGCAAUCCGAACCAGUGCCACCAGCACCAGCAGCACCAGCGGUUUCAUUACCAUUGACGCCAGCAGCAUCAGAACCAGCUGAUCCAGCAUCGGCCAAUCAGGCCGCCGCGGUUCCGCCAGCACAUCAGACGGCCGUCCAGAUAGCCGGCCAGCCGGCAGUUCAAUCGACGGACGAGGUGCUUCUGGGGCGAGUGGCGGAGAUAGCGGCGGAGCUGAGCCGUCAGAUGCAGGAGGAGCAGGCGCUGCAGCAGUCCCAGGGAGCCAUGCUUGAGUCGACUUACCAAGAACAGGCAUUGCAGCGGACCCAGGGAGCCAUGCUUGAAGAGAAGUCGCCACCCUUCCCUCCUCCCGUCCCCCCUCCAGUUGUCCCCUCACCUCCCUUCCCCCCUCCUCCGCCCCUUCCUCCUGCUCCGCUCCUCCCACCUCCUUCUCAAGGCGAAGCAGUGCAGGCAGGAAACACUGCAGGAGCGGACGAGGUGCUUAUAGGGAAAGUGGCCGCGAUAGAGGAACAGCUGAUGCUGCAGCUUGCAGGGGCUAGUGACGAGGAGGGGAAGAGGGAAACUAGAGGAGAGGGAUUAGGAAAGGGCAAGGUUCAGGAGAGAGAGACUAGUCCUCACUUACCUUCCACUCCAACACCCUCACACCCACCACCCCCCUCUCCCCCUCCCUUGCACCCACCAUCCCCCUCUCAUCCUCCUAUGGAGCCCCCCUUUACAGUCACAUCCCUGAACCGAACCAUUCGCAGGGUAGACCUCAACAAGACUUUUCUAGAGUAUCACCAUCAUUUCCGGGAAGGAGAGCUCAAGCUACAGUGCGCCGGCGAGCCUUGCCCGAACCUGGGCUCGUGUGGUCUGGAGUUCCCGAACCUGCGCGCCUGCUACUGGCCGAACCUGGUCGACGCGGAGUACCUGUUCCCGGACCAGCCUAUAAACUGCCCGAAAGUUAUGGAUAUGGGUGUAGAAGGAGGACGGGAGGUGUCGGAUACGAGGUGCACCCAUAAGGGGGAUGACUUGCGGCUGGACAUGUUUCUGCCGCAGUAUUACGAGCUGCGGGAUGUGUACUUGGAUGGGGAUGGGCUGGCAUUUAACGAGUCAGUGUUCUUUGACCGGCACAGUUGUGCUGACAAGGGGAAUUUCUCCUUUGAACCAGGCAAGGCCAAGGUCCGCCACUAUGACCGCCUAGUCUCGCUCAUGUACCCCCUGGGAAUCGCAUUCUACCACGUGCUCAUAGAUCUCGUGCCGCACCUCUUCGUGCUCUCCCCGCUGCUGCGAGACAACCCCUCCAUCCCCAUCGCCAUCGCCUCCCACCAGGUGAAGGCGUUCAGCUCUCUCCUGGUGCCCUUCCUGGGCAUCCCAGCCACCCAUCUCAACCUAGCAGUCAUCCCCAACCGACACGCUGACGUCAACCUACUUGUUCACGUGGAUGUCUUAUACCAGCCAGUGUACCAGGCCUGUGGUCGCUCCGCGCCUGCCAUGUGGGGGGAGCUGCGCCGCCGCUUCCUGCUGCCCCCCAACGGCCUGCCCUUCUUCCGCCCAGGCUUUGUCCCCCGCCACAACCACACCUCUUCUCCUCCCCACAUACCGUCCCCCCAGCCAGUGUACCAGGCCUGUGGUCGCUCCGCGCCUGCCAUGUGGGGGGAGCUGCGCCGCCGCUUCCUGCUGCCCCCCAACGGCCUGCCCUUCUUCCGCCCAGGCUUUGUCCCCCGCCACAACCACACCUACUUCCCACCUUCACCUGCUGCUGAUCCCACGACCACCUUUGUUCCUCCAACCAUGUCUGAUUCACCAAUCGGCUCCAUCAAUGGCGCCAGCAGCAGCAGCAGCAGCAGCAGCAGCAGCAGCAGCUCGCUUCCUGUGCCAGCUGGCAGUAGCGACAUGGACGUGCCACUGUGGACUGACGCGCAGACCGCCCGGCUGCCGUACAGCUGGCGCGCCGUGAUUGCGCACCGGCGCGGCGCGAUGCGCCACCUGGCGGCGUUUGAUUCGCUCGUGGCGGAGAUGAAGCGAGUGUUCCCGCCGCAGCGGGUGUUUGUGUUUGAAGGUGACCUGCCCUUGCUGCAAGCCAAACUCCUCUUCAAUCGAGCAGCGGUAUACGUGGGUCUGCAUGGAGCAGGUCUCUCCAACAUGAUCUUCAUGCCCUCCAAUUCCUCCGUCUUUGAGAUCCGACCUCGGGAUUACCCCAACCCCUGCUAUCACCACCUUUCCAUGGCCGCUCGCCAGAAAUACUACCUGGUUUUCGGAAAUGGGACCAAGGAUUCGGAGCUGAGGUAUAACAUGAGUGAGGUGGUGAAUGUUUUGGUGAUGAUAGCGGAUCAGACUAAGAGGAGGGUGCCAGUCAGUUCGUGGGAGGCUGAGGAAGUAGGUUCAGCUUUGGAUGAAUUAAAAGCGAGUGAUUAUAUGGAUGCCAUACCAGAUGGUGCUGAAGGUGGGAAUUUCCAGCCAAACUUGUCAAAUUCAUAA